AUGAAUGCGGAGAACCAAGAUGUGCUGCUGGAUCUGGAGGGGGAGGAGGAGGAGGGAGAGGAGGAAGAUGAUGAGGAUGGGGAGACCGUCUUGCAACUGAACCAGGUAAAUAUUACCACUUACGGAGCUGUGCCGGAUCAGCAAAACCUUCAUACUCCUGAAUGGGCUGAUUUUGAAGGUAAGCCUGACUCCUUGUUCUUCAGUGAUGGGAAGCGAAGAAUUGACUUCAUUUUGGUGUAUGAAGAUGAAAGCAAAAAAAUUACUCAUAAGAGGAGUUAUAAAAAGCAAAAGAGGAAGAGACAAGUAUAUGAAUCAAACCUGAUAAACAAUGGCUUGCAACUUGAAGCAACGAGAUCGGUUUUGGAUGAAAAACUUAUUUUUGUGAAAGUGCAUGCACCUUGGGAAGUGCUGUGCACAUAUGCUGAGGUGAUGCACAUCAAAUUGCCUCUGCAACCCAAUGACCUGAAGACUCGAGACUCAGCUUUCAACUGGUUUAGCAGACUCUUCAGAGUGGAUGAAAAUAUCAUCAAACCUGAGCAAGAGUUUUUCACCGCCCCUUUUCAAAAGGAACAUUUGUCCAACUUUUAUAUUCAAGACAAAGACACAUUUUUCAAUCCUGCAACAAGAAGCCGAAUUGUUCAUUUUAUCUUGUCCCGUGUGGAAUAUGCAACCAAAAACAAUGUGAAAAAGUUUGGCAUUAACAAAUUACUGGAUGCUGGAAUCUACAAAGCAGCCUUUCCCCUUCAUGACUCUAGUUUCAGGCACCUGUCAACCGAUCCGAACUGCCCAAGUGAACGGUAUCUUCUCUACAGAGAAUGGGCUCAUCCUAAAAAUAUUUUCAAACUGCAACCCCUAGAUUUCAUCAGGAAAUACUAUGGAGAGAAAAUUGGAAUCUACUUUGCUUGGCUGGGCUUUUACACUAAUAUGCUGAUCAUAGCUGCAGUUGUAGGAGUUGGCUGUUUUCUGUAUGGAUGCCUGACAAAGGACAACUGCACAUGGAGCCAAGAAGUAUGUGAUCCCAACAUAGGAGGUAAUAUCAUAAUGUGCCCUCAGUGUGAUAAAGCAUGUACCUACUGGAACCUCACCAUCACUUGUGAAUCAUCCAAGAAACUCUGCAUAUUUGAUAGCUUUGGAACACUGGUGUUUGCAGUAUUUAUGGGAAUAUGGAUUACUUUUUUUUUGGAGUUUUGGAAGCGACGGCAGGCUGAGCUGGAGUAUGAAUGGGACACAGUUGAGUACUUAGAGCAAGAAGAACAAGUUCGCCCAGAAUAUGAAGCUCAGUGCACUCACGUAGUAAUGAAUGAAAUCACACAGCAAGAAGAACAUGUGCCAUACACUGCCUGUGGGAAGUGCAUACGGAUGACUUUCUGUACAAGUGCAGUUUUCUUCUGGAUUCUUUUGAUUAUUGCUUCAGUUAUUGGAAUCAUUGUCUACAGACUCUCGGUUUUCCUGGUGUUUUCUUCAACGUUGUCAGAGCGCAUCAGUGGAACGGAGACGAUCCGCAAGUACCUGACUCCACAGACAGCCACCUCAGUAACUGCUUCACUCAUCAGCUUUAUAGUCAUAAUGGUUCUCAACGUUGUCUAUGAAAAAGUGGCAAUCCUGAUUACUGACUUCGAGCUUCCAAGGACACAGACUGAUUAUGAAAACAGUCUAACCACAAAGAUGUUCUUGUUCCAAUUUGUCAACUACUAUUCUUCAUGUUUCUACAUAGCCUUCUUUAAGGGUAAAUUUGUAGGUCAUCCUGGAAAUCCAGUUUAUUGGCUAGGAAAGUAUCGCAAUGAAGAGUGUGAUCCAGGUGGAUGUCUCCUCGAACUCACAACUCAGCUUGCCAUCAUAGUAGGAGGUAAAGCAAUCUGGAACAAUAUUCAAGAAGUGCUUCUUCCGUGGCUUAAGAAUCUAAUUGGAAGAUACUGUGCAGCUGCUAGAUCAGAAAAAGUUGUUCCACGUUGGGAACAGGACUACCACCUGCAGCCCAUUGGAAAACUCGGACUGUUUUAUGAGUAUCUGGAAAUGGUUAUACAGUUUGGCUUUGUCACUCUGUUUGUGGCAUCAUUCCCACUGGCUCCUCUUCUGGCUCUUAUUAACAACAUGUUGGAAAUCCGGUUGGAUGCAUGGAAGCUGACAACCCAGUUCAGGCGCAUGGUCCCACAGAAGGCACAAGACAUCGGUGCCUGGCAGCCCAUCAUGCAGGGCAUAGCGAUCCUGGCAGUGGUCACCAAUGCUAUGAUAAUUGCUUUUACAUCUGACAUGAUUCCUCGUCUGGUUUAUUAUUGGUCCUUUUCAGUCCCUCCUUAUGGAAGCCACAGCAGUCACACUAUGAAAGGGUAUAUAAACAGUACACUUUCUGUCUUCAAUAUAUCAGAUUUCAAGAAUGCAAGCAAGCCAGUUUCCCCCUGGUUUGGGAACCAAACAACAUGCAGAUACCGGGAUCUCCGCUACCCUCCUGGUCACCAGCACCAAUAUGAGCAUAACAUAUACUACUGGCAUGUCAUUGCAGCCAAGCUGGCUUUCGUCAUUGUCAUGGAGCACGUCAUAUACUUUGUGAAGUUUAUCAUUUCAUACGCAAUUCCAGACGUAUCACAAAAGACCAAAAGCAAGGUCCAACGAGAGAAGUACCUAACACAGAAACUCUUGCAUGAGAAUGAUCUCAAAGUUGUGAAAAAAAACAUGGGGAAAAUAGCUGACAAAAUUAUCAAAGGAUUAGACAGCACUUUCCGACCCAAAGCUGAAUAAGUACUUUUUUAUAUUAAAUAACAGUAUUUAGCCAACUAAUACCUGUCCAGAUAUUACCAGCAGUUAAUCAAACACUUUGGAUUAAUUCCUUUUACUAAACAUUGUUUCUUGCAACUGUUAUCUGCUCAUUUACUGGUUUCCCUUGGAUAAAUGCAACCACUGCUACUCAGAUAAGAGUUAUCAACUUUUUAAACAGAUUUAGUAGGACGCAUUUUUUUAACAUUUGAAGAUAAACAUUAUUUAUCCUCUUAAGAUGAUGCAGACAAAUUUUCAAAUACCUAGAGUGCUUUCCACUUUAUUUAUGCAUCAACUAUUAGAUCUCUUGUUUGACUUGAAUAAAACCUUAAGAACAAGAAUCAUUUGUUGUCAGAAUACCAUCAUGUCUUCUGAAGAAGUUUUGAUUACUUGCUAAUGCAAAUCCCACCUAUAAAAUGAAGAGAAAAAGGCAAAACAUGAAGGACAGAGAAGGAGAAUACAACUCAAAAUCAUGUUGUUAAGCCAUUGGAAUUGACAUCCUAAGCGCUGUUGUGUGCUACACUGAAUUAUCUAUGCAUACUGAGACUUAAAUGGAUAACAAGAUAUUUCAAUUAAUCAUGGACUUGGAUCACAAGAAGCACCAGGACUCUAAGCCCAUCCUGUUCAUCAAUCUCUGUGUAAACAGGAGAAAUGCCUUUGAAAUCAAUGCAUACAAACUGACUUUACAGCACUCCAAGUGAGUAGAAAACUCAGGCAUUUUAUCCUUCCCCAGUCAAUGUACUUUCAUUAGUUCACUUGACCAUUCUCCUCUGGAUGAUUACAGCCUUGAAGAUCUCCUACCUGUAACAGUAAUGAGUGUUAAGUCUUUUCAUGUACUAAAUCAAUACUUUUGGAGGGCUGUCUUCUGCAUUUCUCCCACACCAGAGGCACUGUGCUCUUCCCUGAUAGAUUUCAACAUACAAAGAAUGUGCAGCUGAACCUGUUGUGAUUCAACAUUGUGAGUUGAAGUGCAUUCUGACAAGACCAUGAAUCUGUUGAAACUGGAGAGUGGAAUAAACCAUUUAAUAUGCCUUAACCAUGUUAUGAACCUUUAAAUAACUAGGAAGGAUGUUAGAAGUGUGGAUGAGUGUGCUAGAACCAUCAGUCAUCUUCAAAUUAAAUUGCAGAUCUGCUUAGCUAUUUUGGCUCCAGUUGCAGAGUGGGAGUUAGGGAAUUACAGAUUAAGCAUAUUGUAUGUAGAGCUCUGUUUUGUCUCUGCAGCAGUGGUAUUCCAGAUUGUUAACUUGCUUUCUUUUUAAACAUUUUUAGUGGACCAAUUUAUACAAAUUCUGAAAACAAAAAGUGUGUUAAAAAAGCAAAAGUGUGCCUGAACUCUGUAAAGCAGGUAUAAUUUUGUACUCUUCUUAAAUGUAAUAAAUAUGCAGAAAUUUUAGGCAGAUUAUUCAUAUAGCUUUUUACAUAUUAAGAAGCUCAUUUGCAGAAACGAAGUAGCAUUUCUGAGAUGCAUCCAGAUCCCAGAUCCCAUCAAAAAUCAGAAGGAAUCAAAUGUUUGAAUUUUGUAGCGAUUUCCAAAUACUAACUGCUGUGUACUGCAAGCCUAGUCUUUGAAACAGCAACAUUUGAACCAGAAGUAACAACACAUGAGGGGAUUCCUUUCAGCAGUCAUGAUACACAAGCUUUCACUCAGCAAGACUCUGCUUGAUUGUAUGGAAGAACCUGAGAUAAAAGCUUGGUUCAAAAAUCAAGGAAAGAUGAAAGAAAGAAGCUCACAGGUUCCAGGUAAUUGUUUGCAUUUCUGACACUGAAUGACUGAAGAUUACUUGUUAUAAUGCCCAUAAAAGUUUGUGUAGACACCACCUCAAGACAAAAAAAAAAAAAGGUGCAGGACAGAAAAACAUGAUAGACUGUAACAAUAAAUGGCAGCCAACCAGACUAGAGAUGGAACCUGUGCUUCUGUUGUGCUGAAAGCUAGCCAGCAUCACUUCUUUGCACAGGGAAAUCUACCCUUUGCCAUUUUGGUUUUGGUUUCAUCAGAAUCAUGACAAUUCUUUAAUUUACUAGGAAGCAAAUAUUAAUUGAGCAGAUGGACAAACAGAAGUUUCUAAACAAGACAGAAUUUCUUCUCAAAAUAGAACCCCUCAAAACUGUUUUGGCCUUUUCCCCAGAUCACAGGAUGGUUGGGGUUGGAAAGGACUUCUGGAGGUCAUCUCAUCCAGCCUCUCUGCUCAAGCAGGUCUGCCUCCCCAGGUAGAGACUGCCCAGGACUAUCUCCAGAUAGCUUUUGAAUAUCUCCAGGAUAAACAUUCCACAACCUUCCUGGGCAACCUGUGCCAGUGCUCAGUCACCCUCACAGUGACCAAGUGUAUUUUGAUGUUCAGAGGGAACCGUCUGUGUUUCCAUUUGUGCCCAUUGCCUCCAGUAUACCAAAUUUCUGUUAAAAACAAAAUUUUGUCCAAAAAACUUUUUCAUGGAACAAUGUUAGUGAAGUACUCAGGGCUUCCCUGUGCAAAAUGAGUUUGGUUAGAUAGGCCAGUCAGCUCCUUGCAGACUUGGACCUUUGCAUUUCAGCUUUGAACUGGCUCUUCCCCAUCUGCAGCUGUGUUCAGCUGUCAUUUUCAUUUCCCCAUCAGUGAUGACAGUGCCGAUGUCCCUUUCUGAUGGGGUGUCGAAGGGCUGAUGCAAGCAAGGAGGUAUCCUAUGAUAAAGGAAAAAACAAAAAGCAUCACAAAAUGGACCAUUUCAGGUAAUGAUUUGGUCUUAAGGAGGCAUUUAUUGCUCUCUUUGAGAGGCAAAGAGAUGAGGAGACAAAGGAAUUAAGUGCCUUGCCUGGGGCCACACCAUGAGAAGUGGCAGAGCUCAAGGCUGAUUUUCAGGAGUGCCUGGUCUUCUGCUCCUUGUUUGGUUCCCAUGACUUCUCUCAGUUGCCCCCUUUUAGAGUUGGGGAAGGGGAAGUUGGCCCUCCGCGUCAUUGAGAGUUUAUAGUCCUGCCUUUAAAAUAAUGACCUGAAAAAAACAAGCUACAUGAGCAAAGCGUGUGUACCUGUGACUUGGUCUCCUCCCAUACUACAAUCCUCACCAGCUCUGGGUGUAUUUCUACAUCACCAUUUUUGUUCCGAUCAAGAGUCUGCUUUUGAAAGGAGCCUUCCACUUGGCCCGGCUUUUUGGGCAGUGAUUCCCAUCACAGACUGGUGUAAGGACACAUGGACUGGAUUCCUCCUGGUUUAAACUGAACCAGAAGGCAGGUUUUAUAUAUGCACUUAAUGCACUUAAUGGUGUCUGACAGCCACUUAGUCCAGAGAGCUAAAACCAGAGCUAGGCUGAAGAGAACAGGAGUACUGCAUGAGCAUCAGCUAGUCAACAUCAACCUUUUUCUCCAGUGAUUUCCUUCUGAAGUGCCCUUGCUGAUGUAGCUGUAACACUUCAUUUCCGAAGACAUUUUAUCAGGAAUUCAGUUCAGUUUGCCGUAUGCACAGUGUUAUUCACAGCACGGUUCUGAAUGAGAGAGAAAGAAGAGGAAAACCAACAGAGUGCCUAAUGAUCACAUUUUAAUAGUUGGACCUCUUAAGCAGUGCAGUUCCCGUAGCCUCUACCUCCAACUGCUGGAAUGUGUUUUGCUUGUACACAGGGAGCUCUGCGCAGGCAUCAGAACAAAAUGCUGUGGGGGCAGAUGCCAACAUAUGAAUAUUUUUAACUUACUUUAUUUUUUCUAGGCUAGGUUACUUUAAUAGUAUUUCAAGAUAUGCUUGAAUGGAAAAUUAACAUUUGUUUCAAACUAUGAAUCAAUUUUACUCUUUUUUACACUUUAUAUGUAGGCUAGACUUUUACUUUGUGUAGAUUUAUUGAAGUCAGGGUGAAUUUGGACCAGUGACCAUUUCAUUGCCUUAACAACCACCACAAAUUACAGACUGGUGCCACAGUUUUAAACUCUGUGUAUGUUGAUAACAUUCACAAUGUAAGAAUGUAUUUUUUUUCCUAAGAAUGUUUGCUAUUAGUUUUUGAAUAUUAAAAUUUCUUUAUAUUUAUUGUCAUUAAAUAAAGUCUAUUUUAAAAUAACAAUAAA